AUGGAGGAGUUUCAUCUAGUCGUGGUCGGUGCAGGGUGGCACGGCUUGGCCGCAGCAAAAGUCUAUCACGAGGUCAAUCCAGAAAAUUCGUUGCUGGUUCUCGAGGCUGCCGCCACGCUCGGGGGCGUAUGGGCCGAGGACCGUCUCUACCCAGGACUGAAGACGAAUAACAUGCUCGGGACGUAUGAAUACCCAGACUUUCCCAUGACCACGGAGACGUUUGGGGUCAAGCCAGGCGAGCACAUUCCGGGACGGGUGUGUCACGAGUACCUGACCAAGUACGCCGAAAAGUUCAACAUAAUCGACUGCAUACGCUACCACACCAAGGUCGAGGUGGCCGAGCACCAGCGGGAGGGCGGCUGGGUCUUGACAUUGAAUACUGUGACCGGCGACGGUAAAGGAGCUGGGGUCAGCAAGAAGAUAUGGGCAGAGAAGCUUGUAGUUGCCACGGGCCUCACCUCUGAGCCUUUCUUGCCCCAUAUCGAGGGACAGGAAUUGUACAACGCACCUCUAUUUCAUGGCAGAGAUCUGAUACACCAUGUAGGGUCCAAUAUAGGACCGAAAAAGAGAGCUACAGUCUUUGGCGGAACCAAGUCUGGAUGGGAUGCCGUGUAUGCCUACGCGACUCGAGGGGUAGAGGUGGAUUGGGUCAUUCGAAAGUCGGGUCACGGCCCAGCAUGGAUGGCACCUCCCUACGUGACACCACUCAAGAAGUGGUUGGAGAAGCUCGUCAACACCAGACUGUUGACUUGGUUCAGUCCUUGUAUAUGGUCAGCCGCUGGUGGGUUCAGCGGUAUACGGUGGUUCUGGCACGAGACUGCCAUUGGCCGUGCCAUUACCAAUGCCUUCUGGUCCGUUUUGGGCAACGAUGUCAUGACCUUGAACAAAUACGACUCGCACCCCGAGAUGGCCAAGCUCAAGCCGUGGAGCCUCCCAAUGUUUACCCCCAGCAGUUUCUCCAUCAUAAACUAUGACACGGACUUUUUCGAGCUGCUGCGCAACGACAUGGUCAAGGUGCACAUUGACGACAUUGUCGGGCUGUCGAAUCACGCGGUCCACUUGUCGAGUGGUACAACCCUCGAAUCCGAUGCCCUUUGCUGUGUCACUGGCUGGAAGCACUUGCCGCCGAUGAAGUUUCUCCCCAAAGGCAUUGAGAAAGACCUUGGCAUACCCCACGCACCGUCUUUGCCGGACGAGCUAUAUGACCUGGUCCCAAAGGCAGACGAGGAGAUACUCUCUCGGUUCCCUCGACUCAGGGAUCGUCCCGUCCAAAACAAGCGUUAUGUGUCUCUGCUCGACAACAAGGGAAUGUCCACAUCGGACGAAAUUAAUCCCUCCACAGAGCUGACGCCAUACAUGCUAUACCGGUUCAUGAUACCGGCCAAUCAGGGUCUUUUGAGACACCGGGACAUUGCCUUUGCGGGAAUGGUGAUGAAUUUCUCAACCACGAUCCAGGCGCAUAUUCAAGCCCUCUGGAUAACUGCAUACUUUCGGGACGAGGUGGCUUUGUUUCCGGACUGGACCGACGCCGAAGCCAUGGACAAGAUGCGCUACGAGGCCGUGCUUUACAGCCGCUUCGGGCGGUGGCGCUACUCGGGUGGACGAAGCUCGCAGGUCCCGGAUUUUGUAUUUGAUGCUUUGCCUCACCUAGACAUGCUGGUUGCCGACCUAGGCCUGCAGGUCCACCGCAAGAAGGGCAUGAUGGCCGAGGCUUUGGAACCGUAUGGGCCCGAGGACUAUGCCAAUGUCGUCACCGAGUGGAUGGAAAAGCGUCGUGAGCUGAUGGGCUGA